UAAUUUGUUUAAUUUUUAACCCCUAUUUCGAUCAUUUAAAUUCAUUCCGAACGAUUAAAUAUCCAUUUCAUGCCUAAUCAAAUGGGAAAAUUGUGCAUGUGUUUUAAAUUAUUAACUCGUUUUCAAUUUUUGUACAUUAAGACAGAACAAUUCAAGUAGAGUACUAGUAAUGUUUGAUACAUUUGUUGUUAAAAAUGGGUUACAUCUGGCUUCAAAUCUUUGUAAUCCCCUUUUUUGCUUUUGAAGUACGUACUGAUUUUGUAAGAAACAUAUAAUGGUUGCGUUUAAUAAUGUUGUGUUACAGACUUCUUCCAAGUGGGAGUUUACCAACUGCAAAUGCAAUUCCACAGACAUUAGUUUUGGUGAUUUUGCAUAUUGCUACCUCAAAUCGGUUAAUCGAACCUACAAAUAUCUGUCUGCAAAAUAUUUACUAAAGAAAAUUGCUACUGAUGUGAAGGUCAAUUUAAUAUUAUACAAGCGAUUCAAUGGCUAUAAACCAUUUCUAUAUAAUGUCACAGCUGAUGCCUGCAAAUUUUUAAAAAGUCCCAACUCUUACCCUGUUCAGAAAUAUUUUUAUACUUUUAUUACUUCUUGCUCAAAUUUAAAUCAUUCCUGUCCCUACGACCACGACAUUAUUUUUGACAAAAUAACCGCAGAUAUUGUCAAUCAACAAGUUACAAAGAUUUUACCAUUUCCAAAAGGAGAUUAUCUUUUGGAAAUCAACUAUUUUGCGUACAACAUUCAUAGGGCUGUACAAAAAUUCUAUGGCACACUUUCUUGA